UCAAUACCUCAUUAAUUUUCGAAUUGAAAAGUUCAUUUCAUUUAUUUAGUUGCUAAAUAUAAAAGAGAGAUAGGACUAUAUUGAAAUUGUCAAAAAAAUGACGGAAAUAAAACCAAUACUACAGGAUAAUCCUAGAGGCGCAUUAGAACCAUAUAUAACCACACUUCAAAGCGACUCGAAAAUUGCACGAAGGCAGGCAUUAAUAAAAAUCAAUGAAGAGAUUUUUGAAAAUCCGUUGAAUGAGGAUUGCGAUCUGAUAGUUGUUUUUUCGGAAAUUUAUGCUUAUGUAUUAAAAAGUUUCUCAGAUGCUUCUGAAUCGUGCAGGGAGAAAGCAAUAUUAAUCAUGUCCAAUUUUAUAGACAAGUUGCCAUUGAAUGAUUAUUAUUUAACCUAUAUACUCCCUGUAAUUGUGCGCCGUAUCGGCUCUGCAGAGACCAUAGAAGAUGCAGAAGAGAUUCGAUUAGUUUUAAUUGAACUUGUUCAUAAGAUAUUGGAAAAAUACAAAGGAACAUGUCUUCUUGGGCCCUUUAUGAAUGAUUUUACAAGUAUUCUAACUAAAACUUGUACCGAUACGUUUCCUAAAGUAAAGUUGGAAGCAUCUGAAUGUAUAAUAAUGCUUACAAAAAUUCUACAGAGAGAUUUUCAUUUCCAAUCUGAGAGUUAUGUUAAGCCUUUGUUAUCAAAUUUUGCUCAUCAACACUUUAGAGUGCGUGUUGGAGCUAUUAAAGCUAUUGGAGCUGUUGUUAUGGCGGGCAAUGUAAAAUGUUUUGAGCUAUCUAUCACUCCCCUGGCCGAGAAACUUUUUGAUGAGAAUACUCAAGUGAGACUGCAAGUUACUAUGGAAGUUGGUAACUGGAUGGUAUCUUAUAAAGAUCGUUAUUCCUUUUGGCAUCGCAUGAUACCUUUGCUGCUAACCAGUUUGAGUGAUGUCAUGACUGUUAUUAGAGAGACUGCAAGUAAAUUAUGGAAUGACAUAGGCCUACAGUAUUUGGAUGAGAAUGAAGAGGAGCUGAAAAAGAAAACUGAUUUCCUUAAGGACAUACCAACACAUUACCCUGAUGUUAAACGUCCUAAUCUUGGAUGUAGAACCUUGGUCCAGAGCAAUAUUGGAAAGAUAGUCCCAGCUAUAUGUCGAGAGAUGGAGGGCUGGCAAGCCGACGCACGACUGCGCUGUGCUCAGUUGUUGUGCUGGCUGGUGCUUUGCGCGGAGGGGGGCAGUACGCAGCAUGCAUGCACAGUGUUGCGCGUGCUGCAUCGUGGGGCCGCAGACGACGAUCAGAGGGUCGUACUUGAAGUAAAACGUGCAUCUGAAUUAUUUGGAUACUUCAUGACACCGGACACUUGGUGGCCCCUCGUCGAAGGCGAGGUGGAUUCGUGGAGCGCUCUCUUCAUAAUCGCCAAUAUUUUGAAAGGAUCCCGGGCAGAAUUGGUUAAGGAGAAAGUUAUGUUUGAGUUGUGUAAGGAAUUGGCAGAUCCUGACAGGUGUCGGGUCAGGAAGCCAAAAUAUCAGACGAACUUGAUCUUCGUUACCGAAGCGUUAAUGGACCUUUGUAAAGACGACUGCAAGUCAGUAGCCGAACAGCUAUUUAUUAUAAACUUCACCGUGUAUGCGAUGCCUUGCGAUGAUAAAAUACAAUUGAUGGCAUUAUCAAACUUGGAUAAACUUCGCUGCAUUGAAAAAUGUGGAAGUACAAUCGUUUCUCUAUACGAGAAGCAUAUUCAGCGUGUGUUAGCCGACAUCACCAGCGACGCCUCCACCUGGAACCUUCUCACCCCGGACCGUUGUCUGCUGGAGUGCGUGAUGUUGCACGCUGGUUCGGCGAUGGGAACCCAGCUGCACCUCAUCGCUCCUCUUUUAAAGGAAUGCCUCGCUCCGCCGAAACUGGAUCCGGAAGUGAAGUUGAAAAUUUUCACCGCGCUCUCGACCGUGCUGCUGCAACGACAGACCAACUUCAGUAAAUGCGAUCAGGACAAGUUGGAAGCAUUUUUGAAGAUUGUUAUUGAUGAAGUGAUUCUGCCAAACCUCGUCUGGUCCCCGGGUAGGACGGCGGAGGCCAUCCGCACGGCGGGCGCGGCGUGCCUGUGCGCCGCGCUGCAGGACGCGGGGCCCCACACGGACGAGAAAAUAGAUUUGUUCCCAAACGAAGAGUCUCUGGUGCCUUUCCUAGACCAAUUGGUCCCGUUGCUCGUGAGCCUGACGGACGACAACUCGUCGCUGACCAGACAACACGCGUUGCGCGCUAUCCGCUGCCUCGUCACGUUGGCGCGUCCGCGAAAUCGCUUCACCGCUGAAAUACUACAUAAACUAUAUUUUGUGGUGAUCAAACGACUCGACGAUAGCAGUGACAAGGUUCGAUCCUACGCCGUCCAAACGCUGUGCACGCUGUUCGAGUCUCGUCCGGAGCUCUACGACGCCGCCGUGUUCGGAGCUCACAUCGACGCUUCGUACAGCGCUUUGCUCAUACACCUCGACGAUAACGACGAAACAUUUCAGAAGGAAGUGCUGGAUGCACUAAUAACAUUAAGUGAUAUAGACCCUCAACUAUUGUUGAAGAAGGUUAAAUCAAAUAUACAUUUAUAUAGAAAUAAAGCAGCUUACGAGCGACUUACUCGACACAUUGAACAAAAUAUGCAAUAAAUAAUUAUCUAGUCAAUAUUAUUAUUAUUAUUAUUGUUCAUAAUAUUGGUGCACACUACGUUUUAUACAAUCUCUAUUUGAACUGAAGGACUUGGAUCCCUUUUUCAUACGUAGUGUUUCAUUCAAGACGUGUUUAGGACCUGUCGUUAUAAUAGUAGACCAAUGAAAAGAGAUUGUUUAAAACAAACGUCACAGCACAGAGUGCCUAAAAGCUUAAGUUUAUUUUUAUUUUAACUUGAAAAUUGGUUGCAUUAAUGUUAUGUUUAAAUAUUAUUUAAGUAAUAAAGAAAUA